GCCAAGUACUCGACGGCCUAUUAUAUCUGCAUGAGCAAGGACUAACUACCAAAAAUGGCCAAGUGAGAUUAGCAGAUUUCGGUGUCGCCAACAUAUGGUGGUCGGAUCGCCGUACUGGACGGUGCCCGAGAGUUGUUGGAGGGGAAACCACCGUACUCGUAUUUAGAUCCAAUGCCGGCAUUGUUCCGGAUUUGUUUUCAAAGGAUGUCAAUUUGAGAGUUUCGGCAAAGCAGUUGCUGAAACAUAGCGGAUUGCUAGUGCUCGUGAUGGAACAAUUUUACAAAGCGUUAGAUUAUAAUAUGACAUUAGACGAGAAAAAUAGUCUACCAAUUACCCCAACUUCUUCACCACCUUUGGAGACGAAGUUCAGUGUCAAAAAAUCAUCACGCACUUCUUUAUCACCAACUCAACAACAAUAUCAGCCGCUGAUUGGUAUUCCGGAUUCUUCGACCACAUACAAGCAACCGUCAUUUCUCGAAACUAGUAAUUGGGACACUGGCGCUGCAGUAUUCUCCCCUAAUGUCGUGGACCAUCAUACAAAUGCAGAAUCUGCAAAUGACAAUUGA